AUGGCGAAGAUGUCGCGCAGCAGUACCACCACAUCGUUGGAUGAAUACGAGCUCAUGUCUGACGCCAAGUAUCGCACUUACGUCCAGCAGAUCGACAAAGCGUUGAAAGGCUUUGAGUACACGUCUGAGUGGGCGGAUCUGGUCAACGCACUCGGCAAACUCAACAAGGGCGCAGCCAAGUGUCAACCGGUCGCCAACCGCGUCUGCUACGUAGGCCGCGACGGUAGCCCGGUCCACCUCAAGGCACUGGAAACCUAUGAUCUCAUCUUCAAAUGCAUUGGAACCGAUCGCCUCAUCCAAGAGCUCAGCAUUUACUCCAACGGUCUGUUCCCGUUGCUCAGCCACGCGGCCAUUAACGUGAAGCCAUCGCUUCUGGAGAUCUAUGAGAAACACUUCAUACCUCUGGGGCCGCGACUGAAGCCGGCGUUGGAUGGCUUCCUGAUCGCUGUGUUGCCCGGACUCGAGGAGAACGACUGUCACGAGCGGACGGAUAAGUUGCUGCUCGAGGUGUGCUCUGCCGUCUCGCAGGAGUUCUUCUACGGCUCCCUUUGGCGAUGCGUUUUGUAUAACCCGUCGGUCCGACUGCACGCCAUUAUGUUUAUAUCGUCUCAUUUCAACAAAAAGCGCAGUCUUGAGGACCAGUUGUAUAUAAUGGGCACUUGUCUGCAGACUAUGAUCACCGGUAUCUGCGCGGCACUGCUGGACACCACCAAUGUGUUGGUCCAGCGGGCGAUCCUCGACCUCUUGCUCUCGUGUUUCCCAAUGCAUAACAAACAGAUCGCGCGACAGGACAUGAUUAGCAUAACGACGGCCGCCAUAACUGUGCUCUUGAGGAGAGACGUGUCGCUGAACCGUCGGUUUACGCAGUGGUUGACCGCUGAGGACAACUCGAACCCCAAGUCAAAGAGUAUAGCCUUGAAAUACGCCAAAAGUGUCGGCUCUGAUCAGUCGUAUUUCAAUACAUUCGCCAAAGAGCUCGUCUUAGAGGCCUUCAAAAUAUGUCUAAUCGACCCGUCGACUGUAAUCCCAAUUCCGAAUUCGUGGUCAAGUUUGGGAGACUUAUGGCCGUAUCGGUUGCUUAUAUGUAUCAUAGAUCACAGGGAUAUCAGUCAACCCAUUAUCGACAGCCUGUGCAUCGAAAUAUUGCGUGCAUUAUAUCAUGAGUUUGGUUUUGUGGGCAAUAAUAAUAACAAUAAUAAUAAGUCAAACAAAGCGGACUUAUUGCGGACAACGAAUCUGUUGUUCACAAACAUCGGAAUCAAUUAUUUAUGGCAACACGUCUGCCAACUCUUCACCCAUUCCUGCGCCCACUAUAAACACAUUGAACGCGAAGCCAAUGAAUGUCACGUGAAGUGUGUCGGCUUCGAGACGAUCACUAUUCUGGAGAUGUGUUCAAUCGUUAACUUCAUUCUGGAGAACGUGUCCAUUGAGACGCCCGAGAACUCCAGCCAAAGCUAUUUAUCGCAAUUCCUGCUCCACGUCCUCAACGCACUCAUCAGUUACGCGGAUGUGCUUCAGAGCAUCGAUUUCGAGCACUCGAUUAGGUUGUGCUCUAAUAUUGUCAAUAAGAUUAAGCCCACAAUCGCUCAGACAUUACAGAACCGACUUAAGAGAGAGGGCAGUGAACACAAAAUGAGUGGUAAACCCACGCAAAAGAUUGAUUCAGUCAUCAGAGAGGAGGCGGAAGACUGUGAACCGCAGCCGCUGUCGGAGGAAGUGCUGAACGAAGAGCUGUUCCAAAAAUGUCUGAUCAAUACAUUGCAGACACUGUUCAAUGUGUUGGUUGAGAACCGUUUAGUGAAAAACAAAACUGAUUUAAGCGAGUGUUUCGCUUCACUUCGAGUGUCAUCUGUGAACAGCGAUAGAGACAUGAGUUUCGAGACACCAAUCAAAUCGAUUGAAAUCAAUCCGCAAAUGAUCGACGUCUACACCCAUUUGUGCCAACUGUUGGUCCAGAUGUCGGCCAUUCCCUCGCUGUCCGACAAGAAGACGAAUAAACUUUUGUUUUCCAAUUGCGAUGAAUUGCAUCAAUGGGUUCAACACCUGCUAGUGCUGGCCGUAUAUCCCGUGGACUGUCUGCAAGUCUGCUACUCAUCCAUAUCAACCACUUUAGACUUAAUCACAUUAACCAAAGCCUUGCUCUUCGAUCUGCCGGUCAGUCAGAUGUCGAUCACAUCCAACGGAUCACCAAUUUUCGACUUCAGCACAAACGACGAGACGACGAACGGGAAUAAGUCUCUAAACUUUGAUCCAAUGAUAUCGGCCAACGAAUUGGCGUUUGUUUUUCAUCAGACCUCGUGGUUCACGCAAACCACUAACAAAUUAUGGGCUAAUCUUGAGGACAGUAAGGCUCACCUGCAUUUGGAAACGGCAACACUUCUACAACAGUUACACAACUUAGCCGUCGAUUCAUCGGUGUGUGAGUCCGUCAUCUGCACAGCAAUGAUAUCUCCCGACGAAAACGUUGCGUACGAAUCGCGCAAACGGUUCACCAUUUUAUAUAACAUCACGAGAGACAUGAAAAUGAAGACAAUUCCGGUGGCAAUGGUUCGCGAGUUCGAUAGACCGCUGUUUUUCAUGUUAGACAGUCUGUCGCACAAAGUGGACGCCCAUAACCCACAAGGGUACCUAACCGACUUGGUAGUCGGGGGCAUCGGCGGUGUGACGGACACGGCCUCCAAGUCGGGCGACGACAUCGACAACGCUUCCAUAGCCAACUCCGAGUCGAAGAUCUACGCCAUCAGCAGCACGGGAGGGAACGUCAUAUACCACGUGAACUCUGACGGCCGCAUGCGGUUCGCGCCCUCACCCGUGCCCUCAAACAAAGUGCUGACACUCACGCAGACGGCCAACUCGUCGUCGAACUCGCAUUCGCUUAACAAAUGGAUUACAUCGAAGAUAACAGAGGGCGUCAUACUCCACGGCGGGAGUGAGUUGUCGCUGCGCAAGCUCUAUAAGCACUCCAGUUCCAUACCAUUCGCCCGAUCCCUGCCAAACCUGUCGAACAUCAGGCGUUUGGACACGAAGUCUAUCAAAUCAGACAAUGUGACCAAAUCGCCCACUCCUUACUCGACACCCAUCCCGUCGAGAGCCACGACCACCUGUUCGACACCCAUUCCCUCCAAGAAAAUUAUUGAUGACUCCGAGCUUACAGAUGCCGAAGCGGUGCAGUUAGUUCUCGAAGAACUGAUCGAUAGAGUGGUUUAUGAGUUGGAGGACAGUUGCGAGUCAGAGGACAGUCAGACGGCUAUAACCAAUUCGGAGACGAUAAGCGUGGGCCCCAACAGCCGGCCCGUAGCGCUGAGUCAACUGCACUCCCAUAUGCUUCUCUACCAACAGGUGUACGACUCGAAGCGAACGCUGUAUGCGUUGACCACUCUUUGGAAUAUAAUAUUAGCCGAACCCCAGAGAGUGCUCUUCUCGAUGGCCACCACUAGUAUCAGCAAUAGGUUAGGUCUGCGAUCGCAGGAACUGCAGGCCAUCUGCGCCCGUCAUCGCAACUCUCUGUAUGGCAAAGGCUUUUACAGUGACUUGAGUUCGGAUUCGAUCACAUCGUUUAGGAGCAGUUCCUUCCUGGAAGUGGUGGUGUCGUCGUGUAUGCAAUACCUGAGGAGUUAUUACCCGAGUUUACCGCAAACGCGACUCAACGACGACGAGAUCGCCGGCAACCAAAAGGUGCGAAUCGUUUCGUGCGAAGUCCUGCGACUGAUAUUCAAUCAGUUGUCGGUUGCCGUGAAGGGGAAGCAGACGUUCUCCACGUAUUUACAUGAUUUGCUGAUGAGAUGCAAAGUCCAGAAGUCGAUCCUUCAGUGCAUUGUUUCGAGUGUUUAUAACUUCCAGAGUAAGAAGGAGCCCAACGCUAGCAGCGACACCGCCUUCGCCGACGCUCUCAUUCAGUUCAACGAAUGUCACAACACUUCUAAUGGCUUUCAAGAAGACCUCCAGAAGUCUUUGCUUAAGCUAUUGGAGGAACUGAUGAUUUUGGAGCACAGGGUGGCGCCCAACAGCUCCGACAAAGAGCAGCCGACACACAACAGGAAGGGGAGUGACUCGAGAGCCGCCAGAAUCCGAUUCCAACCCCAAAUGUCUUCACUUAAGUACUACCCAAAUAUGUUAAUACCGGCGCAGUCUAUGUUCCUGUCGGCCAUCCAGACAGCGCUACAACAGUCACAUAAAGUCCAUUUGCACUCCAAUUGGUUAGAGUUGGUCGAGUCGACGCUCCCGUUCGCCGGGCGCUCCCUCUCGCGACUAGUGGUCUGCGUAUUGACCCAAUUGUGCCAAAAUCUCGAGACCACGUCCGCUAAGAUAUCGACAAAAGCCAUGAAAGACGACAAAACAGAGAUGUCUUCAAAUUAUUUAAUAGUCUUACUGAAGAGUUUGGCCACUCUUUGCCACUUCUGUCUACUGGACACGUCUAGUGCGGCGGCCAGUCCUACCCUAUCGCCGCAGUCGCAGCCAAUCACCUCCUCAUCCACUCUAAUCCAAUCGAAUUCUAAUCCGUUUUCGGUGUUAACAAACUUUCUGCACGUCUUCACAGUCUCGGAUUCAAACCCAGACAUGUCGUCCGCGGGUCGGGAGGGCUCGGCUAAUGACCCGUUAAUAUCGACCCGAAAAACAGUGUUAACGCAUUUGCCGCGCGUUUUAUCGGCUCUCCUAAUGGUUUGGAAGCAAAUAAAACUGUCGGAAAAGAGUUCGGUUGACAACGGCUGGCAGAUAAUGGGCAGCAGUAAGGAAGUGAAGCAAAACAUCUUAAGCUUCUUAUCGCCGCUGUCUCUCAUCCACGGCUCGCAUUUCAUGACCGCUGUGGCCAUUGUCUGGUACGACGUUAGAGACAACACGGGUGUGAAAAGUAAGAAACAGUGGACACAGAACUGUUCGUCCGAUCAGUUAUUGUUAGUGGAAUUGGUGGCCGACAUCCGAGUGCUGCCCAUGGAGUCAGUGUUGCAGACAAUUCGUCAGACAAUGAGAGCGCCGCCCAAUGCCAACAGCUCUAAGCACAUGAAGCGGCCGCCCAUUGAGGUCUGUAUGUUGCAGUUCUUCCUCGCGUACAUCAAAGCCUUCCCCGGCUCUCAACUGCUCGAGUGCUGGAAAUCUGUGUUAUCGCUGCUCAAAGAAGGCCUCCAGAUCUCGUCGAUGGCGCAGCCGUUGGUUCAGUUCCAUCUGUUGGCUAUCCUCCAUGAGUUCGUUCAGGCGGCGCCUCUCAUAGAGGACCGCAAAGACCAGAAGGAUCUGCAAGACGUGGCACAGAAGUUGGUGGACGCGUGCACUACAGUGGCCGGCGCUCGACUCGGACAGACCAAGUGGUUGCGCAGGAAUCUGGAGGUGAUUCCCGGCCCGCAGGCCGAUCACGUCGAAGAUGAGGGCAACGACUUUGAGAACUCGUUCCACGCCAUCGACUCCAUGAAUGGUAACUUGGAUUUGACGAACAUUUCGGAGGCCGACAACUCGUUCCUCUCGAAGUUCAGUGUCCAGGCAUUGUGUGCUUUGGCUGAAUUUGUGGCGCCUGUUCUCGAUGUGGUUUACGUGAGCGAAGAGAAGGAGAAAGUGGUUCCGUUGGUGUCGAAUAUCAUGUAUUAUAUCGUGCCGUACCUUAAGAACCGGAGUAAACACAACGCCCCGAGUUUUAGGGCCUGUUCUCACUUACUGUCAAAUAUGUCUGGAUAUCAAUACACACGCAAAGCGUGGCGUAAAGACGCCUUCGAGCUCCUACUCGACCCGACAUUCUUCCAGUUGGACUCCGAGUGCUUCGCCCACUGGAAGACAAUUAUCGAUCACCUCAUGACUCACGACAAGAAUACGUUCAGAGAGUUCUUGAGCCGAAUGUCGAUCGCGCAGUCGAGUGGUGCGCUUAAGCUGUUCAGCAGUAAAGACCAAGAGAUCGAACAAAGAGCUAAUUUGGUGAAGAGGUUGGCGUUCAUACUGUUCUGCAGUGAGAAGGAUCAGUACCAGAAGUAUAUGUCCGAAAUACAAGAGAAGCUCAUCGAAUCGCACCGUCUGAGUCAAUCACCUCUAGUUCAGGCGCAGGUAUUGCUCUGUUUCCGAGUCAUUAUUCUGCGGAUGUCUGCCCAUCACUUGACGUCGUUGUGGCCCUUCAUCUACACCGAAAUGGUUGGU